UAUGUGCACCACACUUUAGUUUGCUGAGAGAAUAAAGGUUGAGACCCAGCAUGACCAUGCCAGCUAAUCGGACCUCUCCCCAGAAAUCUCUGGGCCUGGCUCCAGAGGAACGUGGCGGCUCAUGUGAGGGAUCAGUGUCCUUCAGUGACGUGGCUGUAGAUUUCAGCAGAGAGGAGUGGCAGCAAUUGGAUCUUGAUCAGAAAAACCUGUACCGGGAUGUGAUGCUGGAGACCUGUAGCCACUUGCUCUCAAUAGGAUAUCAAGUUCCUGAAACCGAGGUUUUCAUGUUGGAACAAGGAAAGGAGCCAUGGGCAUUGCAAAGUGAGGGCCCAUAUCAGAGCUGUCCAGAAGAAUUGUGGCAGAUUGGUGACCAGAUAGAAAGCUAUCAUCAGAGAGAAAACAGAUCUUUAAGAAAUGUGAUUUUCAUCAAGAAAGUAUUGACUAUACAAAGGGAUUAUGCAUAUAAGGGCAUAAGAAAAAUAAUUCAUGUGAGCCAAAACAUUCCUUCCCCAAAGAGACCUCAUCAUCAAUGUGACUUAUUUGGAAGUGCUUUAAGCUAUAAUUUAGAUUUAUGCAAUCAUAAUAGAAACAGUGGAUCAAAGAACAUUAAUAAGAUUACUGAAUAUAGUAAAAUUUCCUCCUAUACUAAACAAGAGUAUACUCCAAGAGGAGAGAAAUUACAGGACCAUAAUCAAUGUGGAAAAAUUCUCAGCUAUAAACAACCACCCUCUCAACAUCAGAAAAUUCAUACUGGGGUGAAAUCUUAUGAAUGUCCUGAAUUUGGAAAUACCUUCACUCAGAAGUCACAACUCAAGGUACAUCUGAAAGUUCAUACAGGAGAAAAACUCUAUGUAUGUAUUGACUGUGGGAAGGCUUUUGUACAGAAGCCAGAAUUGAUCACACAUCAAAGAACUCAUACUCGAGAGAAGCCCUAUAAGUGCAGUGAAUGUGGGAAAGCCUUUUUCCAAGUAUCUUCUCUUUUCAGGCAUCAGAGAAUUCAUACUGGAGAAAAACUCUAUGAAUGCAGUGAAUGUGGGAAAGGCUUCUCUUAUAACUCAGAUCUUAGUAUACAUCAGAAAAUUCAUACUGGAGAGAGACACCAUGAGUGCAGUGACUGUGGGAAAGCAUUCAUACAGAAGUCCACACUCAAGAUGCAUCAGAAAAUUCAUACAGGUGAGAGAUCCUAUAUAUGUAUUGAAUGUGGACAGGCUUUCAUCCAGAAGACCCACUUGAUUGCACACCGAAGAAUUCACACUGGAGAAAAACCAUAUAAAUGCAGUAACUGUGGGAAGUCCUUCAUUUCCAAGUCACAGCUGCAGGUACAUCAACGAACUCACACAAGAAUGAAACUGUCUAUGUGCAGCGAAUAUGGAAAGGUUUUCAACAGUAAUUCCAACCUCAAUACACAUAAGAAGGUUCAAAUUAGAGAGAAAUCAUCCAUAUGUACUGAAUGUGGUAAGGCGUUUACCUACAGGUCAGAGUUGAUUAUACAUCAGAGAAUUCACACCGGAGAAAAACCUUAUGAAUGUAGUGAUUGUGGAAAAGCCUUCACUCAGAAGUCUGCACUCACAGUGCAUCAGAGAAUUCAUACAGGAGAAAAAUCAUAUAUAUGCAUGAAAUGUGGUCUAGCCUUCAUCCAGAAGGCACACUUGAUAGCACAUCAAAUAAUUCAUACAGGAGAGAAACCUUAUAAAUGUGGUCACUGUGGGAAAUCCUUUACUUCCAAGUCACAACUCCACGUGCAUAAACGAAUUCACACAGGAGAGAAACCCUAUACAUGCACUAAAUGUGGGAAGGCAUUCACUAACAGAUCAAAUCUCAUUACGCAUCAGAAAACUCAUACAGGAGAGAAAUCCUAUAUAUGUCCUAAAUGUGGCAAGGCCUUCACUCAAAGAUCAGACUUGAUUACACAUCAGAGAAUUCAUACUGGGGAGAAACCUUAUGAAUGCAGUACAUGUGGAAAAGCCUUCACGCAGAAGUCACACCUCAAUAUACACCAGAAAAUUCACACUGGAGAGAGGCAGUAUGAAUGCCAUGAAUGUGGGAAAGCCUUCAACCAGAAGUCAAUACUCAUUGUGCAUCAGAAAAUUCAUACAGGAGAGAAACCCUACGUGUGUACUGAGUGUGGGAGAGCUUUCAUCCGGAAGUCAAACUUUAUUACUCAUCAGAGAAUUCAUACUGGGGAGAAACCUUAUGAAUGCAGUGAUUGUGGGAAAUCCUUCACCUCCAAAUCUCAGCUCCUGGUGCAUCAACCAAUUCACACAGGAGAAAAACCAUAUGUGUGUGCUGUAUGUGGGAAAGCCUUUAGUGGCAGGUCAAAUCUCAGUAAACACCAGAAAACUCAUACUGGAGAGAAGCCCUACAUCUGUUCUGAAUGUGGAAAGACCUUCAGACAAAAGUCAGAACUGAUUAUACACCAUAGGAUUCAUACUGGAGAGAAACCUUAUGAAUGUGGUGAUUGUGGUAAAUCAUUUACUAAGAAAUCACAGCUCCAAGUGCAUCAGCGAAUUCAUACAGGAGAGAAGCCUUAUGUGUGCACAGAGUGUGGAAAGGCCUUCACUGACAGGUCAAAUUUGAAUAAACACCAGACAACACACACUGGAGAUAAACCCUAUAAGUGUGUCGUCUGUGGGAAAGGCUUCGUUCAGAAGUCAGUGCUCAGUGUGCAUCAGAGUAUUCACACUUGAGAUAAACAGUCUGAGAGAAACCUCAGUGAGAUCAGAUCUGAUUUUAUAUUAUGAAAUUUGUGCAGCAGAAAAUAUGCGUAUUUUCUUAAGUAGAUAUGCUCCAUCAGAAUGUCACAUAUUAGUAUACAGAAGAGGACUUCUGAAAGGACCCUGAAAGAGAGGGCCCCUUUACACAUUGUCACCAGCCUCAGUAAACCCUGAGGCAUUUAUACUGAGAAGGAACUUUGUCAACUUGGUACAUCAGUAGAAUUUUUCUCAUGAAAACUGUAAUGGAACACUGUUACCAAAUUCUGCACUGGAAACAUUAUGUGAAGUCAUGUUAAUGAUAACCCUGUUUACUGUGGAAUAGGUAACAUGCCAGUAAGUUGAAUGGUAGAACAACAUAAUAUAUAUGAUAAUAAUAAGCCCUGAGUUCUGUGAGGUGUUUGUUGCAGAACACAUUGUCUAACAAUUUUGGGUGACAUUCUUCUGCUGAAUCUAACAUGGUCUUGUCUAUCCAAUUCCCUAUUGCAUAUUUUUAUCAAGAAAGGCUUGCCACAAUGAAAAAUUAUUUUUGUAUACAGUUGACUGCCCUGUUAUCCUCUAGCACCCCUCGUUAGCUAUCAGUAGAUGUCUUCAACUCCCAUACAGCACAUUGUCUUCUGACUGCUGUAACUGCAUUAUGACUGCCCAUUCAUGCUAAACACCGUGUCUGGUGACUACCCUUAUCUCCCAGACUUACUGACCCUUAAUUACCCUGCAGCAUAAUGUCCUGUGAAUUACCAUUACCUUCAAGAAAGCUUCUGACAUAAGAAUGCUUAGGUCAUCUCACUCAACUCUUCACCUCAGUCUCCCGUUUGCUGUCAUAGUUCUUCCAGCUCAUUUGCCUUCCUUAAUGACUUGCCCUUUAUAAUGACAAUCACGAACCACUAACUCAUAAAAACAAACCUCAACAUUACCUUCACUGUCUUCUUUCUAUCCAUCUUCAUUCCAUACACUCCACAAGGACCUUUUCCCCCAUGUCCCUCAAACACAUCAAAUUAGGUCCUGCCUCAGGGCCUUUGCAUUUACAGUGCCCUCUUCAAAGAGCACAGUUCCUCAUUAUAUCUGUGUGCUUUACUCCUUCAUGUCUUUCGUCCAGCAGCAUCUCUUUGCGGAGGCCUUCCCUUCCCUUCCCUGCCUAUCUGACAAAAUUCCAUCCCUUUCCUCUUCCUCCUUUAUCAUUCUCCAUAACACUUAACAUAACACAUAACACUCCAUAACACAUAACACUCCACAGUACCCUGUAUUUUUCACUUGUUUGUCUAUGGUUCCCAUUCUAGAAUGUUUUUUUCCCAUUUUGUUCACCAUAGUGAACUUAGACCCAUGCCUAACAUACAGCAGUCCUUCCAUGAAUGCACAUAAUGGAGUGUUGACCCUGCUCUCCUCACAAUUUCCCUUUGAUGCUUUCUAUGUGUGUGCUGUGCUCAGUCACUCAGUCAUGUCCAAGUCUUUGUGACCCCAUGGAUUGUAGCCUACCAGGUUCCUCUGUCCAUGAGACUUUUUUCCAGCAAGAAUACUGGAAGGGGUUGCCAUUUCCUUCUCCAGGGCAUCUUCCCAACCCAGAGAUCGAACUCCCAUCUCCUGUGUCUCCUGCAUUAGCAGGCAGAUUCUUUACCACUGAGCUACCUGGGAAGCCUGGUGCUUUCUAUAUUGCAGCAUAAGAUGCUCUGAUAGGGAGAACCAACUUACCUAAUACACAGCAGGUUUUUUCAACCUCAGUCCUUCCUUCCUGUCCCAAAAGUUGUCACAUCAUUGUAAACCUUUUGGUCUGAUGCCAACCCAUAUAAGCAAAAGAGAACUAAGGCACAGGAAAUCAGUCCCACAUAGAUACUUGAUGUUUCAAGAUUCCCUUCAGUGAUUCCAAAAUACCUCAGUCAGCUCCAAAGUGAUCACAAAAGAGCAUGCUCAUUCUGUCCAAGCAUUCACAACCCUGCCCUACCCCAGUUGCAAUGUGAUAGGGCCUUGCCUACCUCAUAAGCUGAUGUACAGACCUGCUUAUCAUGCCCUGACAGGUCUGCCCAAAGCUGCUAAUAUGGAGAGACCAAAAGCAGAGAGAGGGGUUGCCUUUCCUUGGAAGUCAGGUGGGCAGCCUAAGACUGGGGCAGCAGUGGCCUCACAAAUGCAUGUAGGGGAUCUGAUUGAAUGAUCAGCUGUUGGGUGGCCAAACUGGAACCAGCAGAAUGGUUCCUCCAGGUCAGUCCAUUGACUGAGAGUGGGCAAUAGCCGGUACAGAAUUGUUCUCACCUUUGUGAAUAGCAGCAUGGGGACUGAGAAUGGGGACAGAACCUGAUUGAGGGAGCAGGACUAAGGGUUCUCAUUAUAAUCUCCAAUAAUCAAAUUGGGCAGUGAUUAGUGGCAUAUCCCAUUACCUUAAUGAUGAUGUCUAAUCCAUCAUUAGAUCUUCUUUAUCUCACUGCUUCACAGUAACUGAACCCACUAUCUUAGAACAGUAUCCAGUGACCCACUACCCCCUUUUACUGCAUCCAGUAUUGCUUCUGGGGCUUCACUAAAUGUUUUGUGACCCAGCAUUAUCCCCCAACUGGGGACAGCGUUUGCUAACUCCUCAGGAGAGUGUCUGGAGAUCUUGCCAUUAUCCCCUUCUUAAUCCACAAUGUCUGGACACCAUUAUCCUCCUUUUACCUUAUUCCAUCACUGUGUCACCUCUUAACUAAUUCCAGGAAAUAAUGUCUGUAGAGCUUCUUCAUUACAUCUUCCAGUUAGCCUCCAGCAUAAUGUAUAUUACUUUGCCCCAUUUGUGAAACAGUCUGGUAACCUCCAUACUCCUGAUUUAUUCCCAUUUUCACCUAAAUCAUGACUGAUGACCUCUUACAACAAUUCUCAGAGUAGGAAACCAUAGUAUACCCUACCAAAUCCAACUUUUAAUAUUAUCUCCUGAUUCUUUCAUGAUACCUCUAUCCGGAUGGCUUUUGUUUCCCUCCAUUAAUUGUCCCCCAUAGUGAUGGUGACAGUCUUCCAUUAUCUCACACAGCAGUGUUUGUAACCAUCCCCAACACAGUAUGUGGUGAUGCCCCCAAUACUCUCUGAACAUUGGUGUGUUCUGUUCAUCUGCUUCCCUAUCCCCAGGUAAGGGCAAUGACUGAUAAGACAUCAUAGACUUCACAUUAUCCACCUCUGUAGGACCCCCAUUAACAACCCGUACAAAGUCUUUUGAUGACCAUUACCCACUAAUACAGUAUCUGUGACUCUUCCAUUAAAUCCUGGCAAUACCUAUUUCCCUAUUUGCCCCCAGCAACAUAGUGUCCACUGGUUCCCUGUUGCUCACAUUGCUUCAUCAGGCCACUUAGGGUGGCUCCUGCAAGUCCCCCAGCAUUGCUUGUCCAAGUCCCUACUGUUUGCAUGGACAGGAACCCUGUGGGGAUGGAGAAGGGAUGAGGAGAGGGUACUAGCCUCAUACACACUGUCCAGGGAGGAGUUGGCCUGCAGUAGACUGGGGAGGAUCUGGGGGCCCCAGGAGAUCACAUACUGAGAUACCGACUUACUGCAUGAGGAGUGAUGCAAGCAAAAUAGCUAAAGCUGUCAACAUUGAUUAAAAUCCUGGUGCCAGCCCUGAUGCCCAGUAACCUCCCCUGAGCCUUGAUUGCUUCACCUGUAAAAUAGAUUUAUGGAAGAUGAAGGGAUUUAAUAUGGUUCACAUGAGGGGAGCAGAGCUAGUAGAGACCAAUGAGAGUGUCCCUGUUGUUAAUAAUAUUACCAGUUAUAAAUGGACACAAGACCAACCUCUGAAUGGCUGAACCCAAACCUCACAGAGGGAAAUGUAUGUUAUUUUAUAAAUUACUUUCAACUAUUUCUCUUUUAUAUUUACUGUAACACAGUAUCAUAGUUCUGCUGUGCUGUGCUUAGUUGCUCAGUCCUGUCUGGCUCUUUGUGACCCCAUGGACUAUAACCCAGCAGGCUCCUCUGUCCAUGGGGAUUCUCCAGGCAAGAAUACUGGACUGGGUUGCCAUGCCCUCCUCCAGGGGAUCUUCCUAACCCAGGGAUUGAACCCAGGUCUCCCACAUUGCAGGCAGAUUCUUUUUUUUUUUUUUGCAGGCAGAUUCUUUACUGUCUGAGCCACCAGGGAAGCCCAAGAAUACUAGAGAGAGCCUAUCCCUUCUCCAGAGGAUUUUCCCGGCCCAGGAAUCGAACUGGAGUCUCCUACAAUGCAGGUGGAUUCUUUACCAGCUGAGCUACUAGGGAAGCCCAAUGUUAUAGUACUGAGGUAUUUUUUAAAGUUAGAUUUACUGAGGUAUCAUUUACACAUAGUAAUAGUCAUCCUUAAAAGUGUACAGUUCUGAGAGUUUUGACAAAUGCAGCAUACAAUCAAGGAGUCAACACUACAAUCAAGAAAACUGUUUCUUCACUACCCUAAAUACCUCCUUAUCCCUUUAAAAAAUUAUGAGUAUUUCCUUCUUAAAUGUUCUUUAAGUGGAGUAUAAUUGCUUUACAAUGUUGUGUUAGUUUCUGCUGUACAACAACCUCAUCAACUGUUAUGUAUACAUAUAGCCCCUCCCUCUCAUCACCUCAUCUCACCCCUCUAGAUCAUGACAGAGCACCAGGCUGAACUCCCUGUGCAAUACAGCAGGUUCCCACUAGCUAUUUUACACAUGGUAGAAAGGUCCUAUCCCUUUUUGAUCAAUCUAUCUACUCCCAACCCCUCGAUAUUGCUUAUCUGUUUCCUGUUUCUAUAGUUUUGCCUUUUUCACAUGUCACGAAUGUGUGUGUAUCCAUAUAAAUAUGUAAGUAUGUAUCUCCUUUUGAGUUUGACUUCUUUCAUUUAAUGUAUCUGGGGUUCAUCCAUAUGGUUGUAUGAGAUACAAAUGAAAGUAUGAUGAUGAAAAGACACUGGACAUAAUUAGUCAUCAGGAAAAUGCAAAUAAAAACCAUAAUGACAUACCAUUACGUGCUUAUUAGAAUGGCAGUGAAUAAAUAACAUAGUACCAAAAGUUGGCAAGAAUGUAGAGCAAUAGACACUUUCAUGUAUUGCUGUAGGAAUGAUACAGAGUAGUAUAUCCACUAUGGACAAAAGUUUCACAAGUCUUAUACAGGUAACUAUAUACUUAUCCUAUGACCCAGCAAUCCCACAUCUAGGUUUUUACCAUAGAGAAAUGAGAAAUUAUGUAUGUACUUGAAUGUCCAUAGGAACUGCAUUCAUAAUCACCAAAAGAUUGGAAACAACCUAAAUGUCCAUCAAUGGGUGAAUAAGUAAAUACAGUAUAGUACAUCUAUACAGUGGAAUACUACUCAGCCAUAAAAAAGCUGAGUUAAGACACAAGCUCCAACAUGAAUGAAUCUCAGAAGCAUUAUGUUUUACUGUAUGAUAAAUUAUGUUUGAUAAAAGAUUAUUUAUUAGAAAUUAGAUGAUAAAUAUAUAUAAUUAUAUUUGUACAUUAGUUAUAAUUUUAUAUUGCAUAUAAUAUACUAUAACAUUGUAUAUAAUAUAGUACACUGCAAUAUCUAUUAUUGUAUAUUCCUAUUACAAUUAAAAUUUUUAUUUUAUAUGAUAUAUAAUAUGUACUAUAUGAUUAUAUAUUAGAAUAUGUAAGUUUUUCUAUUUUGCAUAUCAGUCUUUCACAUAGAAUUUUGGUUAUUUGUAUUUUUACAAGUUUACAUUUAAUGUUUAUAGUGUAAAGUUAUAACUAUAAUAAAAGGGGGCAUGGGGUUGGAAAACCCUGAAAUUGUA